AUGGGCACCCCAGAUCUAACGACGGUCUCCCCUUACUUGAAAAGCCAGUGCAUCAAGACUGAUGCUUUCGGGCCAUCCUUGGAUGGCAUGGUCCAGGGAUGGGUGCGACUCAGCCUCAGCGAUUCGGGUUUCCUAAGUGGUAUCUUCCUCAAUGCGUCUCGCCAUCUUUCGGGACUCAGCCAGCAGGAACAGGGAGCGCAAUUCUCCCAACUGGCGACCUGGUACAAGCUGCCGUGUGUGCGGGCGGUAAAUGAUGCCAUCAACUUGCGCUCCGAGGGGAUGUUAUUUAGCGACUCGGUCAUAGCCCAAGUAAUGAUAUUGGCCUUGGAUGAGAUCACCACUGGCGAUAUGGCCAUGGCCAGAAACCAUGUUCGAGGAGCGGCCAGCAUGGUGGUACUCAAUGGCGGCCCGCAGACCCUGGGUCUGGGUGGUUUUCUCGAGAUGAUUCUCGAGAAGUAUGCUGACCAAGUUGGUGUAAGAUUGGAUCAAGGUGCCUCACAUGGCAGUGGCAUCCCAUUUGAAGAUGAUGUAAGGAGUUAA